UCAGCAGAACGGGCGGAGAGAGAGAGAGAGAGAGAGAGAGGCAGCUCAGUGCAUGACAUACAGAGACUGGGGCACGGAAAUAUAUAAGGAAAACCUAAAUCACCUCAAGGAGGGAUUAGAGGAACAGAAAAGUGAGCAAGACGGGGACGGAGACGACUUUCUCCAAGGAAGAGCCCUUGAGUGGAACCAGCACCCUCUGAUUUUCCUGGAGAGCUGGAGGAAAGAAGCAUGUCAGGGUGCAAGAGCGGGACCAGGCUGCGCUACAGGCUGACGCUGGCCUCGGGGAUGCUGGAGUGUUUGUGCUUUGCAGGUGUGGUGUUUGGAUAUGCCUCGCUGGUGUUUGUGCUGAAGGAGGAUGGUUACUUCAGUCAGUUGUGUAUCAACAUAACUGGUACCAAUGACACACUGUCCAGGACAGACUGUAGCGGCCAGGAUGAGCAGUUCUCUCUGGUCUUCACCAUCGCCUCCUUCCUCAACAACUUCCUGUGUCUGCUCAAUGGUUACCUGUUCGAUCGCUGUGGCACCAUGGCAACCAGACUGCUGGCAGUAUCUUUGUACACCACUGGAACCCUCCUGGUGGCGUUCUCCAGUGCAGCGUACUCUGUGCUGCUCUUCCCUGCCUUGUCCUGCAUCGCUGUGGGAGGGAUUCUGCUCCUUCUGACCAACAUGCAGGUGGGAAACCUGUUCCCCGCCCAUCGCUCCACCGUCAUCACCCUCUACAGCGGUGCCUUUGACUCCUCCUCAGCUGUCUUUCUCAUCAUGAAGGUACUGCAUGAACAGGGAGUCUCUCUCCAUGCCUCCUUCUUGUUUUUGUCCAUCUGUAGCAUCAUACACCUUCUCCGGACCUUCCUGCUGAUGCCAAGAGGCCACAUUCCCUACCAUCCGUCAGAGUACUAUACCUACGGAUUCAGUUUUAAAAAGGCCAACACUUACAACGUGGAGGAGCUGGAGAGGAUGAGGGCUGGAGCCAUGGCGCGAGAUUUGCAGGAGAGCAGUCAGCAGAUGGACAGCACUGUCCCACCACCUCAGGAUGGCUCAGAGGCCCAGGACUCAGUGAAAGUCAGUUUCCGGAGCUGUGUGCUGUCCUGGUUCUUCCUGUGGCACCUGCUGUGGCUGUCCAUCAUGCAGCUGAGGCACUACCUCUUCAUCGGCACCCUAAACCCCAUGCUCAACCGGCUGGCCAACAAAGACCCCGCUCUGGUGAGUCAGUACACCAAUGCGUUUGCCUUCACCCAGCUGUGUGGAGUGCUGUGUGCUCCCUGGAACGGCCUCAUCAUGGACCGACACAAGGGCAAGCCUCUGGCUCCAGGGGAGACGGAGCAAGAUGCAGACCUGCAGUCCUCCUCCCUCUCCCUGUUCCUCACCUCCCUCCAGUGCCUGCUGUUCUCUGUGAGCGCCUCCACUCCUCUCCUCCCGCUUCAGUACCUCACCUUCAUCCUUCAGGUCCUUAAUCGCUCCUUCCUUUACGGGGGCAAUGCAGCCUUCAUCAGUAUUGCUUUUCCUGCAUAUCACUUUGGGAAGCUCUAUGGCCUGAUGAUGUGUCUGUCAGCUGUCUUCUCUCUGCUCCAAUACCCCUGUUUCGCCCUGGUCCAAGGAGCCUUGGGUGGCGACCCCCUUUUUGUAAGUGUCUCAGGCAAGGAUCAAGACAACACAAGUGUUGGACAAAUGAAACUUGUAGGACAUCAAAUCCAAGAUAGUCAAGUCAGUCUCGGGCUUCACACACAUUUUUGAUUAGUCAAUCUGAUGCAAACUUGGCUGGCCAAAGAACAUUCAGGAUCUUUAUCUACUUUUCUUGUGAUCGGUUGUUUUUUAAUCAUAUCUUGGCUAUACUAAGACAGAUUCAUCAGGGAGAUCACAAGAACACAUUUUUAGAAAGACUCAAGAUCAGUAAGAUUCAUUCAGUCAGAAUGUAUAUUGUUUUUUCAUUCAAAAACCAGACAUCCUUUACCCAAAAAAUGUAGUAUCGUUUCUCUAAGGUAAUGCUUGCCAGACCUAUACUGAACAAUGUUUAGGUGUUGCCACUAGGAGGCUCCACAGUCUUAUUUAUGAAAUAAGUAAGACAGUGGUUGAUAUACCAGGCCUGUCAUACUGAGCCCUCUGCCCUAGCAAGGGUCUGGCAGCAUCUGAGUGAAAGCUGUCUUUUUUUUUUUUGUUUCAGUUCAGGUUUAGAUGUACAUUUUGAAAGGAGUUACUUGAAAAUGGAAUGACCCCAAGUGUGACACAAACUAACUCCGUUUUGAUCUA